CUAAUGCUGUGUCUAAUCGAAAUCCAGCCAGCUGAAGCGGUAUCCACGAGCAUAGAUUUAACCACCACAUAUACACCAAUUAGCAAGCCAACAUCACGCAAUCCGAAAACAAAGCUACUGCGACAACCAGCAUCCACGGCAACUGCCGGUGGACAAAAACAACAACAGAAACAACAACAACAACAUCACGAGGCUUUAGUCUCCGCCAAUGAUGACAUCAAUUUGGUGGUGCUACCAUCCAAAUCGUACAUAACACAACCUACCACCCCCUCCACAAAACAAACAAAACGUUCAGGUCAAACGGCUGAAUUGAAACAGAGGAAACCCUUAAAGGAGAUACGCAAUCGUACCCUGGAAACUGAGAGGUCAUCUAAAUUACAGGCAGCCGAAGUGGCUGAUCAUUUACCCCAAUCUUCGGGCCAUAUUCCCUAUCGCAUAGGCCGUCCCCAUUUGCCGCCUCCUUCGGCGGGAGACUAUGACAGUACCGGUUCGGGAUCACCUACCUCCACGGGCAGUGCGGCCUAUCAUGCCGGUCCUCCCUAUGAAGCAGAGAAAUAUCAUGCCGAAUACUGGGAACGGGAUUAUGACAAACAUUUUGGUUACAACAAUACGAGAGUUAAACAUAUUGAAGCUGAAUGUCAAGAUGAUUAUAUGAAAAUUCGUAUUGGAUUUAAUGGCUCUUUUAGUGGCUUGGUUUAUUCGGCGGGAUAUGCCUAUGAUCCGGAUUGUAUGUAUAUCAAUGGAUCUGGACGGGAUUACUAUGAGUUCUAUAUACAACUAAAUCGUUGUGGUACAUUGGGCAAGAAUGCCUUACACGAUGAUAAUCGGAAAAAUCCAACUAAUUUCAUGUGGAAUACAGUGACCGUACAAUACAACCCAUUGAUCGAAGAGGAGUACGACGAGCACUUUAAGGUGACCUGUGAAUAUGGCUAUGAUUUCUGGAAGACGGUUACCUUUCCGUUUUUGGAUGUGGAGGUGGCUACCGGAAAUCCUGUGGUCUUUACACUGAGUCCGCCGGAAUGUUAUAUGGAAAUACAGAAUGGCUAUGGCAUUGGUGGUCCGCGGGUAACGGGUCCAGUGCGGGUGGGAGACCCGCUAACAUUGAUUAUCUAUAUGAGAAGCAAAUAUGAUGGCUUUGAUAUUGUGGUCAAUGAUUGCUUUGCCCAUAAUGGGGCCAACAAACGCAUACAGCUAAUUGAUCAGUAUGGCUGCCCGGUGGAUGAUAAACUGAUAUCACGUUUUCGGGGUUCUUGGUCGGAUUCGGGGGUAUUUGAGACCCAGGUCUAUGCUUAUAUGAAAACGUUUCGAUUUACAGGCUCCCCGGCCUUGUACAUUGAGUGUGAUGUUCGAAUGUGUCAUGGACGGUGUCCGAGCCAACCCUGCCACUGGCGUAAUUUGAAAGCGGUUACCAAGCGUGAUGUUUCCAACAUAACUUUGGAGACGGCCGUAACCGAUCAAAUCCCCAAUGACCUGCUAAUGGAUACAACGGAAAAGCCGGAAACAUCUCUUUCCGAAAAUGUUAAUCUUUUCCAAUCGUUACGUGUCCUCCAGGAAGGGGAGCCCGACGAUGAUGGCUUGUAUGGCACAGCCAGACGUUUUGAGCCGAACAUCAAUCAAACCUGUCUCAAGACUAGUACCUUUUCGGCCAUGACAGCAACAUUUUCGGUAAUGCUUUGCAUUCUAUCGGCCGCCCUUAUGAUUGCCUGCUCCCGUUUGAAACAGCGGAAGAAACAAUCAUCGCUCUACGAUUCUUAUGUAACGCACAAGGGACAAAUCGAUUGAUUGAUGGAUUGAUUUUAGGCCAAACGGUAGAGGAGGAGUUUUGCAGAUGGAGAAGAAAUUUAUUUAAGCAUUUCAAUUUCUUGUAAAUAUCGAUUUUAAUUUUAAGAUUUUUUUUUGCUCUAACCCAUACAUAUGUAACUUUUUCCGAUUAGUGUUAAGUGGAUGUUAGUGUGCUAAUGAAAAAUAAGUAUUUCUUUAUUGAUAAUUAAGCUAGGUGUAAGCUUUGUUUUUCUUAA